AUGCCUCUGAGCAGCGCCUUCAGUGCUGUGGGCAAUGACCCCGGGAUCAUCACCUGGCGAAUAGAGAAAAUGGAGCUGGCACUGGUGCCCUUGAGUGCCCACGGCAACUUCUAUGAGGGGGACUGCUACGUCGUCCUGUCGACCCGGAAAGCGGGCGGCCGCCUCUCCCAGGACAUUCACUUCUGGAUCGGGAAGGACUCCUCCCAGGACGAGCAGAGCUGCGCGGCCAUCUACACCACGCAGCUGGACGACUACCUGGGGGGCAGCCCUGUGCAGCACCGGGAGGUCCAGUUCCACGAGUCCGACACCUUCCGAGGCUACUUCAAGCAGGGGAUCAUCUACAAGAAGGGCGGCGUGGCUUCCGGGAUGAAGCACGUGGACACCAACACCUACGACGUGAAGCGGCUGCUGCACGUGAAGGGGAAGAGGAACGUCAGGGCCACUGAGGUGGAGGUGUGCUGGGACAGUUUUAACCGAGGAGAUGUCUUCCUGCUGGACCUGGGACAAGUCAUCAUCCAGUGGAAUGGGCCCGAGAGCAACAGCCGGGAACGCCUGAAGGCCAUGCUGCUGGCUAAGGAUAUUCGGGACCGGGAGCGGGGGGGCCGCGCUGAGAUUGGAGUGGUCGAGGGAGACAGAGAGGCCGCGAGUCCGGAGCUGGUGAAGGUCCUUCAGGACACCCUGGGCCACCGUGCCGCUCUGGGGCCCGCCGUCCCCGACGAGAGCCUGGACCAACAGCAGGAAACAAACAUCAUGCUGUAUCACGUGUCGGACUCGGCCGGGAAGCUGGAAGUCACAGAGAUAGCCCAGAGGCCUCUGGUCCAGGAACUACUGAAUCACGAUGACUGCUACAUCCUGGACCAAAGUGGCACCAAGAUCUACGUGUGGAAAGGACGAGGGGCCACCAAGCAGGAGAAACAGGCCGCCAUGGGGAACGCCCUGAGCUUCAUCGGGAUGAAGGGCUACCCGGACAGCACCAACGUGGAGACCGUCAACGAUGGCGCCGAGUCAGCCAUGUUCAAGCAGCUGUUCCAGAACUGGUCGGUGAAGAACCAAAGCACAGGGCUGGGGAAGGUGUUCAACAUCGGGAAAAUUGCUAAAGUUUCCCAGGAGAAGUUUGACGUGACCCUGCUGCACUCCAAGCCGGAGGUGGCCGCCCAGGAGAGGAUGGUGGACGACGGCCACGGAAAGGUUGAGGUCUGGAGGAUCGAGAAGCUGGAGCUGGUCCCCGUGGAGCAUCAGUGGCACGGCUUCUUUUACGGGGGGGACUGCUACCUGGUCCUCUACACGUACGAGGUGAACGGGAGGCUGCACUACAUCUUGUACAUCUGGCAGGGCCGCCACGCCUCCCAGGACGAACUGGCAGCCUCGGCAUACCAGGCCGUGGAGGUGGACCGGCAGUUUGGCGGGGCCCCCGUGCAGGUUCGGGUUGCCAUGGGGAAGGAGCCCCGCCACUUCAUGGCCAUCUUCAAAGGGAAGCUGGUCAUCUUCGAGGGUGGAACAUCCCGGAAGGGAGAUGCCGAGCCUGAGCCCCCGGUGAGACUCUUCCAGAUUCAAGGGAAUAACAGCUCAAACACCAAAGCGGUGGAGGUGCCCGCCCUCUGCUCAUCCCUCAACUCCAACGACGUCUUCCUGCUGCGGGCCCAGACGCAGCAUUUCCUGUGGUACGGCAAGGGCUCCAGCGGGGACGAGCGGACGAUGGCCAGGGAGCUGGCGGCGCUGUUCUGUGAUGGCACGACGGACACCAUAGCCGAGGGCCAGGAGUCCUCCGAGUUCUGGGACCUGCUGGGCGGGAAAGCGCCCUACGCCAACGACAAAAGGUUGCAGCAGGAAAUCGAUGCCCAGGCCCGACUCUUUGAAUGCUCCAACAAGAGUGGCCACUUCCUGGUCACUGAGAUCACAGACUUCACCCAGGAUGACCUAAACCCGGGCGACGUGAUGCUCCUGGACACCUGGGACCAGGUAUUCCUGUGGGUCGGGGCUGAGGCGAAUGCCCAGGAGAAGGAAGGCGCUCUCCAGACGGCCCAGGAGUACCUGCGCACCCACCCUGGCCACCGAGACUCCGACACGCCCAUCCUGAUCAUCAAGCAGGGGUUCGAGCCUCCUACCUUCACAGGCUGGUUCCUGGCCUGGGACCCUCAUAUCUGGAGUGAAGGCAAAUCCUAUGAACAACUAAAGGCAGAGCUGGGCGACGCUGCAGCCAUCCUGAGGAUCACCACGGACAUGAAGAAUGCUACCCUCUCCCUGAACACUGACGAUGGGGAGCCAAUAUAUUACCCGCUAGAAGUUCUGCUGAAAAAAAACGAGGAGCUGCCUGAGGGUAUAAAUCCUGCCAAAAAGGAGAAUUACCUCUCGGAACAGGACUUUGUCUCUGUAUUUGGCAUCACUAGAGGGCAAUUUGCUGCUCUGCCCGGCUGGAAGCAACUGCAAAUGAAGAAAGACAAGGGGCUGUUCUAAGGCAAGAAGAUGCGCGCUGCCUGUAGGGUCCCCAGGAGAGAGCAAACAGUGCCUACACUAGGAAAGAAUUUACCCGCUGCCCCGUGUGUGCCAAGCACCCAAUCCACUCGUUUAGACACAGUAGGAUCUGCACAUCACAGCAUGUUCGCCCUUCCUCAGCCCUGCGUCCCAGAGCUGUCGUAGCCUAGUAGCCUAAUAGAUCAUUGUAUCACCGUCACUGUAUCACUGUCACUGUAUCACCGUCACUGUAUCACUGUCAUCCCAUUGCUCGUGGAUUUGCUUGAGCAGGUACCAGUAACAUCUCCAUGAUGAGACCUGUUACUGUUUUUGGCAUAUCAAAUACACCAAGGGGAGCUUGCCAGGCCCUGGCGUGCGGGCGAGAUACUCUUGGUAGCUUGCCGGGCUCUCCUAAUAUAACGACCCACUUUUUGAUGGUGUAGCCUUUUGGAUAGUUUCGGAAGCAAGUCUGAAACCGCAUGACACUGGAAAAGUCAAAAGGGACAAAAAAAAAAAAACCAAACCACCAGUUUUAAAGUAGUUAAUACUGGGACCCAGGUUUGUUUCCAAUUAUAAGAUCAGUAUUUCCAAACUCCAUAAAACGUUGACGUUAUUCAUAUAUAUUUACAUAUGCCCUAAAGUCAA